CUUUUGAUCUGCGUACCUACUUUACGGCAACACUAAAAUAGGGACGUCAAAGUCGUCAGCGAAUUCCAUGUGUAUGUGGACGGCAAGAAAAUAUACAGAAAGUAUGCCUGCCCUUUCUGCUGCAUUCGGUUGCACACAACGCCGUACAAUCGCAACCUGAGAACUAGGAAUAACACAGCAGACACCGCGGCGGGGACAUCAUGCCGGCGGGCAUGAUGGACAAAGGUUCGGAAUAUCUGGGCAAGGCCCGCUCCAACGGGACCAAGAGUCCGUCCAACGCGUCAAACGGACACUUGACGGACGACAGCGGCAGUGACGACGAACACGAUGUCGGCAUGCGAGUAGGAGCCGAUUAUCAGGCCAGCAUACCUGAUUUUGAGGCCGGCCCCAGCAAAUAUUCGGAGAAGGACAACGGCGGGAUGUUGGUAUGGUCGCCUUACCACGACAUUGAUGACUCCAAACUGGAUGAGUACAUCGCACUGGCUAAAGAGAAGCACGGUUACAACGUGGAGCAGGAGGCGGCACUGCAUCAAAAACCGACAUCGAUGUGUAAAGGAUAUCACCGCAUGGGCUCAGGAACACUUCAGAAAACCAAUGCGCUGGGGAUGCUCUUCUGGCACAAACACAAUAUCGAGAAGUCUUUGGCCGACCUUCCCAACUUUACACCUUUUCCCGACGAGUGGACGGUGGAGGACAAAGUACUCUUCGAGCAAGCGUUCAGUUUCCACGGGAAGAGUUUCCACCGCAUCCAGCAGAUGCUGCCAGAUAAAUCCAUCUCUAGCCUGGUCAAGUACUACUACUCGUGGAAGAAGACCCGAUCCAGAACCAGUCUGAUGGACCGCCAAGCCCGAAAACUGGCCAACAGGAGCAACCAGGGGGACAGGUUGCUAACCCCUGCCGUUGACACACAGCCUCUAAAGCCAAAAGCCAAUCAUCAGCCAGCCAACUGUACGUCCUCAUUUGCUGACUCCAGACGCCAGAUGAGGCCUUCACACAUUUGUCAUAGAUACUACAGUGUAGAACGUGAGGAUGGCGACCCCAAGUGGGCAAAAGUAAUACCUGCACCUCACGUGCAUAUAUUUUGGCAUUACUUGCAUGAUGCUUUAACGUCUUUUGAUGGGACAGUCCGCCAAUGGCCACAUUGUCAAUGUUGUCACCGUAGUGACGAGAUGGAAGAGGCGAACACCAUGGAAACCAAUGACAGUGACUACGACCCCAACAAGGAAGCCAAGAAAGAGCCCAACAACCUGGCGGAGCCGCCGCCGCCGGCCUCCAAGUUGGCACCGGGCCGCCGGGAGCACCAGACGCUGCAGCACCGCCACCACCAGCGCUCGCGAUGCCGCCCCCCCAAAGGCAUGUACCUGACCCAGGAUGACGUGGUGGCCGUCUCCUGUAGCGCCGCCGCCGCCAACACCCUCCUGCGUCAGCUGGAUAUGGAACUGGUGUCCCUCAAGAGGCAGGUUCAAAAUGCCAAACAGAUGAACAGCGGACUGAAGCACGUCUUGGAAUCUGGAAUCAACGACUUCCGCCUGCCCGAGAGCGCUCAGAAGGUGAACGCUCGCUGGACCACCGACGAGCAGCUGCUCGCUGUUCAAGGUGUCAGGAAGUACGGCAAAGACUUCCAGGCUAUCGCAGAUGUCAUCGGGAACAAAACACUGGGACAAGUAAAGAACUUCUUCGUCAACUACCGGCGGCGUUUCAACCUAGAGGAGGUGCUUCAGGAGUGGGAGGCGGAGCGAGGGGAUGGCACCGCCCACUCCGGGGAAGAGUCGAAGAACGCUUCGGCCACGCACUCUGGGAGGAGCACGGACGAGGACGAUGACGAGGCUCAGCCCGCGUUGGGGCCAUCUUCCGCUGCCGUGUCUUCGUCUCAGGCCGCCGUGACGUCGAGCCCCGCCUCCUCACUCCAGCAGCCGCCGCCGCUCCUGCGUCCCUCGCUGCCGGCCACGCCCUCCCUGCACCGCCAGCCGCCGCCCCUCCAGCAGCAGCCCCGGCCCUCCUUGCAGCAGCCACGCCCCGCCGCCUCGCAGCAGCCCCGCCCCGCCGCCUUGCAGCAGCCGCCGCCCCUCAUCCGGCCCUCCAACCCGCCGCCGCCUCGUCUCAACCCCCGCCCGUCUGUCCCAGCGGGCAGCCAGCAGCCUUCGGGCAUGACGCUCCACCAACCGGACGCAGCGGCCUCGUCCUCCUCUCACCAUUAACGCGCCGAGAGGAAACGAGAGAAGACGACGUGAUGUUUGCCAUGGAACGUCUGAACGAGGCGCCUUCGUGGCAUUCAACUUUCCUACAGCACUUGAAGGCAGUACAAGUGUCCGCAGCGAACUGUCAAUCAAAGACAAAAAGACAGCAGCGAACUGUCAAUCAAAGACAAAAAGACCAACAGAAAAAUAAAUAAAUCAGACAACCAAGAAGGCAGGCAGCUUGUGGUAAAUAAAAACAUAUCCAUACAAACAUACACACACACACACACACACACACACAUGGGUCAAAUUGUUGGUACCCCUUUGUUAAUGAAAGAAAAACGCACAAUGGUCACAGAAAUAACUUGAAUCUGACAAAAGUAAUGAUAAAUAAAAAAAAUAAUGAAAAUUAACCAAUGAAAGUCAGACAUUGCUUUUGAUAUGUGGUUCAACAGAAUUAUUAAACUCAUGAAACAAGCCUCGACAAAAAUGAUGGUACCCUUAACGUAAUAUUUUGUUGCACAACCUUUUGAGGCAAUCGCUGCAAUCAAACGAUCUUUGUAGCUUUCAACUUUCGACUUCUGCACCUCUCAGCAGGUAUUUUGGCAAACUGCUCCACUUGUCUCAGGUUCGAAGGGUGCUUUCUCCAGAUAGCAUGUUUUAGCUCCUUCCACAGAUGUUCAAUAGGAUUUAGAUCAGGGCUCAUAGAAGGCCAUUUCAGAAUAGUCCAAUGCUUUGCUCUUAGCCAUUCUUGGGUGUUUUUAGCUGUGUUUUGACUCAUUUAUUUUCAACAGUGAUGUUGGUGUCCUCCUUGGCCAUCUCCCAUUUUUGAGCCAAAGUCUACUUUGGCUCAAAAAAUGACGGAUUGUGCGAUCUGACACUGAUGUAAUUUGACCUUGGAGUUCACCUUUGAUUUCUUUGGAGGUUGCUCUGGGCUCUUUUGUUACCAUUUGUUAGGCUUUAUACGAUCAGGAUUUUUGGUGCCAAUCACCGAUCAGCGAGUUUAAAAAAAAAAUAUAUCAAAAAUUAAUUAAAAUAAAAUAAAAAAUCACCGAUCCAAUCACAAGAUGGAGCAAUGUGUCUAUUUAAAUGACCGGUUCAUUUACUGUAUAUACUUGUGUACUUAAUUGCUCAAAAAAUUAUAUUUACAAUUAAUAAAGUAUCUUUGUUCAUCUAUUUAUGCCAGUGAGGCAUAGUGACAGACGGAACAAAUGAAUGAAUGAAUUCUAUUAGAUGGCAGGAGGUACAUACAGUAAUUAAUAUAUCCACUUUUUGUGACAUUUUUGUUUGUUGGUGUGCAGUGGGAUUUUUCAAUUGUAAAAUAUGUUCCUUGGCUCCAUAAAGGUUGGAAAUCAC